GAUUGCGAGAAGAUAAUGCUGUCUCGAUUUCUUCUCCGCAGCAGGCCUCGGUUCUCUGAGUCCUUCUUUAGCAAAUUCCCUCACCAUUGCUUGAGAAACAGCAGCAGUACUGUGCAAGCGACGGGCUCACAGUCCAAGAUAGUUAAGAAAUCCGUUAGUAUCAAACAUAAAGAUGAAGAAGUUAUGAAGAAACUCAAGAGCCUUGAAGCAGAAAGGAGCAUCAAAUCCAAUGUGGCUGAGACAGUGAGAUUCAGCUCUGUAGAGUUCUCUGGAUCUAAGGAAGACAUCCAGUAUGUCACAGAAGCCAUGGAGCAAUUCUACCCUGGUUCAAUCAUACCUAAUUCUAAAAGUGAAAAUCAAGUGAUCGAUAUCAUAUUAAAUCUCAAUGACUCUCUGAAGAAUCUAUUGGAACACAAAUCUCUCUCAAUGGAGGAUUUCUCAAACUUCGUCAAGUGUUUAUCAACAACAGGAGGCCUUGAGGAUGCUAAAAUUAACAUGAUAGUCAGGGAACGUCCUUUUUUACAAUACGGCUCUGUUAAAGCAUACUCCAUUGGUCCAACCCAAAACUGCAAGACUGACUCAUCUGCCAAAAUCCAAUUACAUCACGAUGCAACACAAAUCAUAAAUGUCUCCAUUACACAUAAUCUAUGUGAUGGGACUAGAGUUGGAUAUAAAGUCCAACAACAGUUAAUGAAUGCGUUCCCUAAAUAUCUCAUUGUGAUUGAUAGUGUGAGUAUUCCAAUACCAUCCUCAGGCCCAGUAUACAUAAUCUAGCCAUAAAACUCUCUUGUGUUAUGUAC